AUUCUCUUCAGGACCUCAGGGGGGGAGCGUGCUGAAGGGAUCCGUUUUUUUUGUUGUUGUUUUGACAGAUGAGACAUAAAAGACGUGCCGACUGCAACCCUGCGUUCCAACCCACGGGUGUGAGAUGACACCGAGGAUACUUUAGCGGGACUCUGAUGAGCUCGGACGCCGGGAAAAUGCAUCUCUGGAUCUGGUGUGUGUUGCUGGGCGCAGCCUCCGUGUGCACAGUCGGGAUGUCUUACGGAGGAGGACUCUGUGAAAGGCUGUGUGCAUGUGAGGAGAGAGAGGGGGUACUCACAGUGAGCUGUGAAAACAAGGGAAUUGGGAGUAUCUCUGAAAUAACGCCGCCAAACUUCCCACAGUAUCAUCUGCUGCUCACUGGGAACGUUUUAAAGAGGCUUGCUGCUAAUGACUUUGUCGACUAUCGAGGACUCACCAUAUUACAUCUGGGGAAUAAUGAGAUAUCGCUGAUUGAAGCGGGAGCUUUUACGGGACUUCAGGGAUUAAAGCGAUUACAUCUCAACAAUAACAAAAUUGAUGCCUUGAAGGAGGAGCUUUUCUGGGGCCUUGAAAGUCUGGAGUAUCUGCAACUUGAUUAUAAUUACGUCACCCAAGUGGCGCCCAAUGCCCUCGGCAGGCUUCGGCACCUGGAGGUGUUGAUUCUCAACGACAACUUGAUAUCUGCGCUGCCUACGAACAUCUUCCAGCAUGUGCCGCUGACUCAUCUGGACUUGAGGGGGAACCAGCUGAAAGUGCUGCCUUACUCGGGUCUGCUGGAGCACAUGAACGGCGUGGUGGAGCUGCAGCUGGAGGAGAAUCCGUGGAACUGCUCCUGUGACCUGAUCGCCCUCAAGACAUGGCUAGAGAGCAUAUCGUACACGGCGUUGGUCGGAGACGUGGUUUGCGAGUUCCCCUUCCGCCUCCACGGGAGGGAUCUUGACGAGGUCUCAAAACAGGAGCUGUGCCCGAGGAGAGCCAUCGCCGAGUACGAGAUGCCGCCGCUGCCGCAUUUGAACACAGAAGCCUACUACAGGAGCACGCCGGCCAUUUCCACGGCCUCCUUAACUUCAUCUGGUAUUGCAAGGUCAUCGUCCAGACCAACCAAGGGACCUCGGCAGUCAGGUAAAUUAAAAUCAAGACCCACAGCUCGCCUGGCUGCAAAAAAACCUCAGAAUUACGGCCAAAUUAUUUCAUAUCAAACCAAAUCCCCCGUGCCUUUGGACUGCCCGUCUGCCUGCACCUGCAACCUGCAGAUUUCAGACCUCGGCCUGAACGUGAACUGCCAGGAACGAAAGAUUGAGCACAUUUCCGAUUUAGACCCCAAACCUUACAAUCCUAAAAAGAUGUAUCUCACAGGGAAUUAUAUCCCUGUGGUGCGGAGAACGGAUUUCAUUGAGGCAACCGGAUUAGAUUUGCUUCAUCUAGGGAACAAUCGAAUAGCUCAAAUCCACGACAAAGCUUUUGCUGAUUUGACUCAUCUCAGGAGACUCUACCUUAAUGGGAAUUUGAUAGACCAUCUUACAGAGGAUAUGUUCUAUGGACUAGAGAGCCUACAGUUCUUGUAUUUAGAAUACAACGUCCUUAAAGGGGUCGCGGCGGACACAUUCCAAUACGUCCCCAAACUGCAGCUUUUGUUUUUGAACAACAACCUCUUGAAAACUUUACCCGUGGGAACAUUUAGCGGCCUCACGUUGGCAAGGCUCAAUCUUCGCAGCAACCAUCUGCGUUACCUGCCCGUCAGCGGUGUGAUCGAUCAGCUGACGGCAUUGGUGCAGGUGGAUUUGUAUGAGAACCCCUGGGAUUGCUCGUGUAGGAUUCUAGACUUGAAGAUGUGGCUGGAGCAGCUAAGCACGGGCACUGUUGUAAACAACGUCAUCUGCGGCUCACCGAAAAAGCUCGCCGGGGAAGAUAUGCGCUACAUAAAGACAACUAAUUUCUGCCCUAAUAACUCGGCUCCACUGGUGUCCGUAAUCCCACCCUCAGAAGAAUCGUUUCCUGGCAGCACAAUUACAAUUGAAACUCCAUUGGACUCUGACACUCAAUACGGAGCAAUCCCUUUAUCGGUGAUGAUCCUUGCCCUCGUGCUCAUGUUCAUUGUAUCUGUCUUCGUGGCAGCAGGAUUGUUUGUAACAAUGAGGAAGAAACACCAAAAGAGUCAAAAUGAGCACAACAAUUCCAUGAAUACAUGCAUCAGCUCUCUCAACAUGGAGUACGGUUUGUACAAAAAAGGAACAAUCCCAAAGGUCAGGACAUCAGCUGGACAUGUGUAUGAGUAUAUUCCGCCACCCUUGGAGCAAACUUGCAGAACCACAGGCCAAGCAUCCGCAGAUAGCAAAUCAGUGGAGGGAUUUCGGGAUUCCGAUGAGCUGAGCGGCCCCUUUCUGGGCAACUCUGACGAAGAAGCAGCCAGUAACGCAAUAGGCUCAGAAUACAGCACCACCACUCCCGAGCCUCUCAAUAAGCCCUCCACGCCACACCGAGAUGAUCCGUCUUACUACAGAGAAGUACUCAAUCAGGACCAGAACCCACGCUACAGCAAUACGCUACCAUGCAGGCACACGACGCGUCCGUCCAGCCAGUACACAUCAGACUUUAACGCAAGGCAUCAGUACGUGCCUCCCGACAGAGUACAACAGACAAUACUCUACUGUACAGCACCAAGUACUGUUUAUGUGGAGCCUAAUAGGAGUGAGUAUUGGGAACUGAAGGCUAAGCUUCACAUUGAUCCGGAUUACCUUGAGGUGCUGGAGAAAAGAACAACAUUCACACAGUUUUAAGUAAGUGACUUCAGUGACAAACACACUUACGUGAAGGACCAAUCAGGAAUUUGAUCAUUCCGUUAAAACUGGUACAACUUCACAGUAUAAACUCUGGUACAACAAAUUGAGAGAUGCAGCAUGAUGUUUACUGCUGCAUGCCAGGCCAUCUAAUCCCAAAUGGGUUCACUUAAACGCUGAGAUUGAUUGUAAUCUGAGUACAUUUGGAAAUAUUUUUCCGGGUGACACAACUUUAAGUUGUGUUCUUUUUGAAACUGCACAGCAGCCUCUUAUAACAGGACUUCAGUCUGAUUUUAAACUAUGGGUCCGUUUACCCAAGACCAUUUUGACAGAACAUGUAUUUGACAAAAUGCAUUUUGGAGCUGCUGAAAAAUGCAUAUAUCCAAAAAUAGGAAAUAUGUUUAAGAGGCCAAUGUGGGCAUGAUGUCACUAUAAUACCAAUAAUGGCGGUACAGAACGGUAUGGCGUUUAUAUACUUGAUGAUACUUUCACUUUAUUUGAGAGGGAAAACAGUUGGUCGGCAUGCGCAUCGUGUUUUUUUAGAAAGUGACAUCGCCAACUACUGGCCUGGCAUGCACAUUACAGCAUAUUUUGUCAUUUUUGCAGGUCCACAUUAGGGAUCAUAAAAAAACCUCUCCAAAACACAGAAUAAAGCCGUUAUUAGCCAUUGAAAACAGAUUUUGUUAAAGUAUGCCACAAACUGAUUCAAAAUUAUACACGUCAGUGACAUGUUUUGACAUAUUUUGCAUCACCAUUUUUUUGGAGUGCUUUUAUUGUAUGAUUUCUUACUGGAUUCUUGUGAUGAUGCACAACAACAAAGGCUCUUUGCAACACACAUUUUUACAAGUGUUUCCUUGAAUGCGGCUGGCUUAGCUAACCAACAUUGAUCCAGUCAUGGAUAAAUCAUCUGCAGUUCAAGGGUAUCGUUCUAAACAUAGAUUGUUUGGGAUUUGUUAUUGUCACACCUGAUUUGAUUGUGUAACUAUAAAACUAUAACAACAUUUCAAGAUGCAAUUUACAGGAUUAUAGUCGCAAGUACUUUGAUUAAAAACAUGGUAAUAUUAUUUUUCUUUUUCGAUAGUCACACACACACACUAGGUGUGGUGAAAUUACCCUCUGCAAUUGACCCAUCCCCUUGUUCCACCCCCUGGGAGGUGAGGGGAGCAGUGAGCAGCAGCGGUGGCUGCGCUCGGGAAUCAUUUUGGUGAUUUAACCCCCAAUUCCAAAUUGAUGCUUAUGAGAAUAAAGUUGUAAUUUUAGCGGAAUAUUGUCGUAAUAUUUGAAAAAACUAUUUCCCCAUUCAUAUUGUAAUAAAAAAUAAUACAAGAAAAAAGACAAUAUCCUUACUUCACAGGUUUAUUCUUGAAAAUAUAUAUAUAUAUAUUUUUUUUUUACUGGUAGUAUUAUGUAGUUAUUCUUUAAACGAUAAACCGUUUUGUUUUUUUUCAAGUAAUAUUACAACUUAAUUUUUCCAACAUAGCAAUUAAAAAAAAAUGUUUUUCCUAAUAUUACGACUUUAUCCUGAUAAUAUUCCAAUAUUUUCUCCUCUCACAAUCGUCUUCAU